GACUGUACAGAAGUGAAGGCAGAACACUUAAAAAGGACAUCACAAAACAUUAUACAUAUAUACUCGCUUUUUUUCUUCUUCACAGAUUACUCUGUCAUGUCCUCGUUGAAGGAUUACAUUCGUGAAGUUCGUGAUGCUGCAGCCGAACAUCUCGAGUCCCGCCAUCGCGACGACGCCUCGUCAGCCACACAGCGCGUGUCGCGGGAGGAGGCGCUGGCUUCUAUCGCCCUCGUCACCAUUCGCCUCUUGGAGCAGCAACUGCAAAGCGGCACAACCGACGAUGCAGAGCGCAAGGAGCUGCAGAUGCACCUCAAGGCGUGCCGCAAAGCACUCAAGUCCCAUCCGUCGUCCGCGUCGCUGAAGCGUAGCCGGGCCGAAUACGCGCAGGGCGAGACUGCCGCGUCCUCCUCUGCUGCGGUUUCACAGAGCCCCCGGCCGAAGACGGUUGAGCUAGGGCAGUACUCCGCCACCGGUGCCUUCGGCCACAAUGAGGAGAAACGCAUGAAGUUCGCCCGCCUCAUGGGAGGCGCCAAGGCUGCCGCGGCGGCGGGAGGUGGGGACAGCAACAGCCACCCGCAUCACAACACACACGCCAAGAACAGCGCGGAGGUGCGCCGUAUGAACGAGAACCUGGAGCGCGAGUUUGAGUCUGCCAUGUCCCACAAGGGUAAGAAAGGUCUCGGUGCGUGA